GGCAGACAUAAGGUACUAAUUUGUCAAAAUAGGUUAUAAUACGUAUAAAUUACAUGGUCAGGUUUGAAGUUCUACAACAAUGUCGCUUUCGCUCUCUUACAGUAUGUAAUAAGCUAUAUCUGUCUUUUUCUGUCUGUUCACUAGACAAUGCAUCUUUUUUAUACGGUAUCAUAACCGCGAGGCUACGUUGAGUAUACGUCGCACAGGUUCAUGUUAUUGCUGAAAACUAAAAUAAGUCGAAACAGUGCAUCAAUCUUUGUUCAACGGGAAAAUGUUCGAUACAAUCGUGCUUGUCGUUACAAAAUCGAGGUGAAACAGUCACCUGUGUACCAGUGUGCGCAACGUGGUGUGGCUGGCAGCGCUAGCUCAUCGUUUGUUAUCAAACAGCGAGGGCGAUGGCGGAGGCGCCGCCCGGGAACAUCGUGAAGGAGGGUUGGCUUCAGAAGCGCGGGGAGCACAUUCGCAACUGGCGCGACCGCUACUUCAUUUUGUUCGAUAAUGGAGACCUGGUCGGGUUCAAGACGAAGCCCGAGCGGAACAACUACCGCGACCCACUCAACAAGUUCACUGUGCGGGACUGCCAGAUCAUGGCCGUGGACAAACCGAGGCCCUACACCUUCACCAUCCGCGGCCUGCAGUGGACCACGGUCAUCGAGCGCAACUUCAGCGUCGACACUGAGAAAGAACGCGAAGAAUGGGUGGCGGCCAUCCGCAUCGUGUCCGGGCAGCUGAGCUCGAGCAGCGCCGGCGCGGGGACGGGCGCGGGCGCGGGCGACGCGGCGGGCGCGGCCGCUGCCCUAGACUGCGACGACCAGGACAUCGCGCAGCUCGGCACCAGCUUCCGCGACCCCAGGAGAAUUACACUGGAAAAGUUCGAGUUCGUGAAGGUGCUGGGCAAGGGCACGUUCGGCAAGGUGGUUCUGAGCCGCGAGAAGGGCACCGGCAAGCUGUACGCCAUGAAGAUACUCAAGAAGCACCACAUCAUACAGAAGGACGAGGUCGCGCACACCAUCACCGAGAACCGCGUGCUCAAGAACACCAAGCAUCCCUUCCUCACGGCGCUGCGGUGCUCGUUCGAGACCGUGGACCGCGUGUGCUUCGUGAUGCAAUACGCCAACGGCGGCGAACUGUUCUUCCAUCUCUCGAGAGAGCGCUGCUUCAGCGAGGAACGCACUCGCUUCUACGGGGCAGAGAUCGUUUCUGCGCUAGGCUAUCUCCACUCUGAAGGGAUCAUCUAUAGGGAUCUCAAGCUGGAGAACUUGCUGCUCGACAAGGACGGACACAUCAAGAUAUCAGACUUCGGCCUCUGCAAGGUGAAUAUAACCUACGGCCGCACAACGAAGACAUUCUGCGGCACCCCCGAGUACCUCGCGCCCGAGGUCAUCGAGGAUACCGACUACGGACCCGCUGUGGACUGGUGGGGCGUGGGCGUGGUGAUGUACGAGAUGGCUUGCGGCCGGCUGCCGUUCUACAACCGCGACCACGAGGUGCUGUUCUCCCUCAUCGUCAGCGAGGAGGUGCGCUUCCCCCGGGCGCUGUCCGCGGCCUGUCGGGCGCUGCUGGCCGCCUUACUCACCAAGGAGCCGGCCCAGCGCCUGGGCGCGGGUCCGGAUGACGCGGCGGAGAUAAUGCAUCACCCGUUCUUCGCCGCCAUUAACUGGACCGAGCUCGUCGCCAAACGGAUCCCGCCGCCGUUCAAGCCGCAGGUGGAGUCGGACACGGACACGCGGUACUUCGACUCCGAGUUCACCGGCGAGUCCGUGGAGCUCACGCCGCCAGACCAGGACCCCGGCCUCGCGCGGAUACAGGAGGAACACUUCCCGCAGUUCUCGUACCAGGACAUCUGCUCGUCGGCGCACUCGGCGCUGUCGCACCUGUCGCAGCACGCCGCGCCGCCCGACCGGCGACACUAGCUGCGACCGCGACCGCGACCACGCCUGCGACCAACACUACACCUGCGACCGCGACCCAAGCCCGCGCCGACACCAGACCUUGUAUAUAUUAAACUUAGGAUCCAACAAUAACA